AUGUCGGACGAUGACGAUUUCAUGCAAGAUUCCGGUGAUGAAGACUACGACUUCGAGUACGAAGAUGCGGACGAUGACGAGUCAGGAGACGUUGGGAUCGAGAAUAAAUACUACAAUGCAAAACAAAUAAAGAUAGACUCUCCCGAAGAGGCGAUCAUUGAGUUUCUAGGGGUACCACCACUGGAGGAGGAGAAAGGCGACUGGGGGUUUAAAGGUCUCAAGCAAGCCAUCAAAUUGGAAUUCAAACUCGGGCGGUAUGGCGAUGCUGUCGAACAUUACAGAGAACUUCUUACCUACGUCAAGUCGGCCGUCACACGAAAUUACUCCGAAAAGUCCAUUAACAAUAUGCUCGAUUAUAUCGAGAAAGGCUCGGACGACGACAAAGCUUACCAGUGUAUGGAGGAAUUCUAUUCAUUGACCCUCAACUCGUUCCAAAAUACGAACAACGAACGCCUGUGGCUGAAGACGAAUAUCAAACUGGCCCGUCUCUGGCUAGAACGCAAGGAGUACGCACAAUUGAGUAAAAAAGUGCGCGAAUUGCAUCGAGCAUGCCAACGGGAAGACGGUUCAGAUGAUCCCAGCAAAGGGACUUAUCUACUCGAGUUAUAUGCGCUGGAAAUCCAAAUGUAUGCAGAGACGAAAAACAACAAACGGCUGAAGGCCCUAUAUCAGCGUGCCCUCCGCGUCCGGUCGGCUGUACCGCAUCCGAAAAUCAUGGGGAUCAUCCGCGAGUGUGGAGGGAAAAUGCAUAUGAGUGAGGAAAAUUGGGAAGAGGCGCAGAGCGACUUCUUCGAGUCAUUCCGCAACUAUGACGAGGCAGGCUCGAUGCAAAGGAUCCAGGUCCUCAAAUAUCUUGUGCUGACCACCAUGUUGAUGAAAUCGGAUAUCAAUCCGUUCUAUUCACAAGAGACCAAGCCAUACAAGAGCGACCCACGAAUCUCGGCCAUGACAGACUUGGUGGAUGCCUUCCAGAGAGACGAUAUCCAUGCCUAUGAGGCCGUGCUAAGCAAAAACCCGGACGUACUAGCCGACCCAUUUAUCGCAGAGAAUAUCGACGAAGUUAGUCGAAACAUGCGAACGAAGGCCGUUCUCAAGUUGAUCGCACCAUACACCCGGUUCACGCUCAGCUUUAUCUCCAAGCACAUUAAGAUUUCAGUGCCAGAAGUCCAGGAUAUUCUUAGCUUCUUAAUCCUUGACAAGAAGCUCGACGCCAAAAUUGAUCAAGAGAGUGGGACCGUGGUAGUAGAGAGUACUAGCGACGUGGAUCGACUGCAAUCUCUGGAAGAGUGGAACGCAUCGCUAAGGGCGCUUUGGCGGGCAACCCUAGACGACGGAGAAGGGUUCAAACACGACGAGGCCGCGCAGCUUCAUGGGUUGAGAGGCGGCCCAAUCUUCAAAUCGGGGUUCGAAGACGAGACGCCUGCAGCAGGUGGACGUGGUAGCAGUUUCCGGUUACGGAGUGGAUGGAAAGGCAAAGGGUCCGCAAAGGCAGGCGGUCCCGGCGGAUUCUAG